AUGGAUCAGGACAUGGUGAAUAUGUUUGCCAUUGCUGCAGGGACUCUUGCCAUCCCUCUCCUCCUUUUCAUGGCCUCUUUCAUGCUGUGGCCAUCAUCACUCAUCAAAGUCUAUUACUGGUACUGGAGGAGGACUCUGGGUCUGCAGGUACAUUAUGCAGACUGUGGGGGUUAUCGCUUCUGUUACUCAUACAGAGGAAAACCAGGCCUCAGGCCUUCUGUACUCAUGCUGCACGACUUCUCUGCUCACAAGGACACAUGGCUCCCUAUGGUGAAGUACCUUCCUAAACAUCUGCACAUACUGUGUGUCGACAUGCCGGGGCACGAGGGUACAACACGUACCAACACUGACGACUAUUCAAUCCAGGGCCAGGUCAAGAGAAUACGGCAGUUUGUAGAGGCCAUUCGGCUAAACAAAAAGCCAUUCCAUCUGGUGGGCACUUCCAUGGGUGGGACAGUGGCCGGAGUAUAUGCAGCCUGUCAUCCCUCAGACCUCUGCGGCUUGACCCUCAUCUGCCCAGCCGGUCUGAAGAACCAAAACGAGAGUAAGUUUGACAGUCAGAUGCAUGAAGUAGAGCACAGCCAGUACACGCUGAAUAUCCCUCUUAUUCCAUCCAACCCGGAGGAGAUGGAGGAGAUGCUGAAGCUCUGUUCUCACGUGCGCUUCAGAGUGCCUCUACAGAUUCUGCAAGGACUGGUGGAUGUACGGCUUCCACACAAUGACUUUUAUCAUGAAGUUUUCAUGGAAAUUAUGAGUGAAAAUUCAAAAUAUGCCUUGCAUGAGCAUAUACAGCAAAUAACUACCCCUUUACAAGUCAUCUGGGGCAAACAGGACCAGGUGGUGGAUGUGUCUGGGGCAGCGGUGCUUGCGGAGGCUCUUCCAGGCUGUCGUGUUGAUCUGCUGGAGAGCUGCGGUCAUUCUGUCGUGAUGGAGCGACCCCGACAAACAGCCAAACUCAUUUUAGAUUUCAUCAUUUCUCAGCAGAGCUCAGAGAGCGCCAGCACCAAGAAGAAAUCUUGAGACGUCUCAGGAUGUCAACUGUAUAUAUAUAUAUAUAUUUGGGUGUGUGUAAUUCAUGUUAAUAGAUUAACUA